CUUGCUUACAAUGACUUCAAUUUGGCUCCUAUCCCAUCUGGGUUUGAUCGUCUUCCAAGCUUGACACAUCUCAACCUCUCCUAUUCCAAUUUCUCUGGUCAGAUACCCUGGGAAUUCUCACGCCUAACAAGGAAAUUUUCCAGUUGAAUACUUUCGAAGCUUCAAGGAAAUGAUGUUUAAAAAAGGGAACAACUCGAAACCACAAUAUAUUGGAGAUUUCUACUACAGAGACUCUGUGACAAUCAUGAACAAAGGUCUAGAAAUGGAGCUAGUGAGGAUCUUGACCAUCUACACAGCUCUCGAUCUAUCCAACAAUAGAUUCCAGGGGGAGAUUCCAAAAGUGAUUGGAGAGCUUACAUCUCUUGUGGUUCUAAACAUGUCUCAAAAUGACCUAGUAGGCCAAAUCCCAUCAUCGAUGGGAAACAUGGCAGAGCUGGAGUCAUUGGAUCUCUCACAAAACAAGCUCUCGGGCCAGAUCCCUCGACAACUCGCUAAUCUUACCUUUCUUGCAUUCUUAAACCUCUCCCAAAAUCAUCUUGAGGGGCCUAUACCACGAGGCAAUCAAUUGGAGACGUUUUCAAACACUUCUUACAAUGCAAAUCCAGGAUUAUGUGGUUUUCCCUUAUCAAGGAAAUGCAGAGCUACCAGUGAUGAUAUGCCACCACAAGGUCCACAAGGGGAGAGAUCAACAAAUGACUCCAAAUUUGAUUGGAAAUUCAUGUUGAUGGGUUAUGGAUGCGGUAUGGUAAUUGGAUUUGUCAUAGGAUAUAUCAUUUUCAAAGAUGAGUGGAUAAUAAGGAUUUUUAGAUUGGCACCAAUUGGGCGACGGAGAAAGUUCAAGGGAGGAAGAUUGAGAGGAUGAUGACAAAGUGAUCAAAAGAAGAUGGUGAGAGAUGAUCUAAAAAUCUUUUUUUUUUUUCCUCUUUAUGAAAAUAAGUUUGCAACUUUUUUUCUUGGGGUGUUAAGAUUGUCUUGAGCUUGUUAUUGUGUAAUCCAAUCUUAAUAUAAGUAAUUUUGUUUACUAAAUUCAAUAGACCAUGUAUUUGUAAAUUUUUCUACA